CCCCGCCCCCCGGCGCGGCCCGGCGCCAGGAGCAGCGGCCGCCGCCAUGUCCAUCUUCACCCCCACCAACCAGAUCCGCCUCACCAACGUGGCCGUGGUGCGGGCGCGGCGCGGCGGGAAGCGCUUCGAGAUCGCCUGUUACCGCAACAAGGUCCUGGGAUGGCGCAGCGGGGCGGAGAAAGAUCUGGACGAGGUGCUGCAGACGCACACGGUGUUUGUGAACGUGUCCAAGGGCCAGGUGGCAAAGAAGGAAGAUCUCGUUCGAGCGUUUGGGACGGACGACCAAACGGAGAUCUGUAAGAUGAUUUUGUCAAAAGGGGAGCUGCAGGUAUCGGACAAGGAACGACACACACAGCUGGAGCAGAUGUUCAGAGACAUCGCAACUAUCGUGGCAGACAAGUGUGUGAAUCCUGAAACAAAGAGGCCCUACACAGUGAUCCUGAUAGAAAGAGCCAUGAAGGAUAUCCACUACUCUGUCAAACCACACCAGAGCACGAAGCAGCAGGCCCUGGAAGUGAUCAGGCAGCUGAAGGAGACCAUGCAAAUUGAACGUGCUCACAUGAGGCUGCGAUUUAUUCUUCCAGCAAAGGAGGGGAAAAAGCUGAAAGAGAAGCUCAAGCCACUGAUUAAAGUUAUUGAGAAUGAAGACUUCCAUGAACAGUUGGAAAUGGUGUGCCUGAUCGACCCAGGCUGCUUCAGAGAGAUCGACGAGCUGAUCCGAAGCGAGACCAAAGGGAGAGGAAUGCUGGAGGUGCUCAGCCUGAAAGAUGUGGAGGAGGGUGAAGAAAAGCUUGAAUGAUGAAAAUGUUUCUGCAGCAGUUCUGCCUCACAAUAUGCUGUGAAACAACUGGGGUUUGCCUCUCUCUUCUGUUGGGCCUUUGUAGUUUUUUUCCAGUCUCUUGCUGGCAGAUAUUUUCUGACACUAAUCCUUUGGGAGUUUUCCAUCCAGUGUGGGUUUCCUUAAUCACUUUACACUUGCUUGGUUUACAGAUGUUGUUGCCUGUAGGAACAUUUUGUGUCAGAGUUGCACUAAUGAGGACUGAGUUAAGACAUGAGGCACAGGCUGCUCAGUUACUCUGGCUUUGGUUUACUCUGAGGGUGUUGGACUAAUCAUUUUUGACUUUUGUUAAUGUCAAGUGGAGGAUUGUGUAGGUCACUGAGGGGUGGGUCUGUAUGUGAGGAGAGGAACCUUAAGAAGAGAGUGAAGCAUUUUGACAUCUGAACAAGUGCACAAUGUGAAUUGUGUCUAAAGACUGAUCUCUUAGCAGCAUGGAAAUGGGCUUAAACUUCCAUAAUUGGCUGCUUGAUAAAGUAUUGCUUAAAGAUUUCUUUCAGUGGAUAGAACAGUACUUGCUAUCUUAGCAAAAACAGUCUCCAAAUAACUUAUUCAUAGAAUAUAUUUAGCUACAUUAAUAAAAGUGAAUGAUCAUCUAUUUGUAUAUUAUAGAUGAACAGAGAAAUAAACCAGUUAUUUUUAUCAGUGGUACAGGAGGUGUCUUUGGCCACGGUGAUGCUUUUUGGAGGCUGGAGACGUGGUCCAUGGGGCAGCUCGUCAGGAUUUAACUCUCACUCUGGAUGGCUUAAAGGCCUCUUAACCAAAAUGUCCUUUGAGUUUUUGGGGCACCUCCUACAUUGCUCCCAAUUCCUGACAUCUACUGCUCUGUGUAUACAGCCAAAGGUAGAUCUUGAGCUGUUAUGGCAAAGUCUCAGCUCUGCUUUCCUAAAAUGGAAUUUCCAAAUGCUAUGUUUUCCAAAGACAGUUUAAACAGAAAAUGUUCCUCACAAACACCAAACCACCAGCUCUAAACCCUUAAUUCCCCUUGCCCUUCAUUAAAGCCUCCAGGUGUCACUUCAGCUUUCUGGUGCUGGACUUAGCUGGCCAUUUUCUGUCUGCAGCACCAAGCUUGUGAGCCAGGUGUUCAUGUGGCACCUCAGUACUCUGCCUCUGUUACUGGUGCUGCCCUCCCUUUGCCACAUCCACCCUCUUUGCUUCACCUCAGUGCCACAGGCCUUAUCCAUCCAUCCACUCUGUUUUCACUGCUAGGUACAAGUCUGCAGUGGCUUCUAAAAGACUUUAUGACUGGGCUCUGUCCGCUCUUACAGACCCCAUCCCCCGAGAGCUUUCCUGCCUUUACCUGUCCUUUUCCCCACUUACAGCUUUCCUGUGUGUGCAGACAACUCUGCUGACAAAUUCCUGCUACACUUCAUGAUGAUCCAUCUUUGCUGUGGGUGUCAGGGCUUUGUGAGGAGCUUGUUUUGCUUGCUACCAGGGGGAGGGGACUGCAGUGCAGGCCUGGUAAAGAGCACCUGGACGUUCCCCUGGCUCUGGGGUUCAGGCCUGGCCGGGCCAAUCGCCUCUGCCAGUGCUGGUUAAGGAUGGGAUGUUGGAAUGCGUGGAGGAGGUGGAAGGGAAGGGCAAGAUGGAGAGGACCACACAGUCAGGAAGAGACAGAAGGAGCAACGCCAGAGCAGAGACACCCUUGCAGCCCGUGGCAAGAAGUGAGAGCCCGUGACAGGGUGAGAGCUGGAGACUCCGGGUCAGAGGGAGUGAGCAGCUCAGACCCCAACCUGGAGAAGAUGAAGUGUGGCUGCAGCAGCCUGUGCAGGGCUGCCCAGUGUGUGGGAGACACCGCUGCAGCAAGGGAGGACUGGCAAGGAGCACUUCCCAGCAGGGAGGUAAGCGGCAAGAGCCAUCAGGAAAGGACUGACUGCACCCCCAUUCCCUGCACCCACAGUGCUGAGCGGGGAGGAGGCAACUGCACUGAGCUCGGGGCUCUGAGCAUGGGAAGAGAGGAAGGGUGGGGGAAAGGUGAUCUGAAAGAGCUGGUUGCACUUCCAUCAUUUGCCCUAUUCUGUGUUGGGUUUUUUCUGUUUGUUAUGUUUUGGUUGGAGGUGGAUUAAAUGAAGUUUCCUUUUCUUCCCCAA